AUGUCAGAAGAUGCCCCUCAGGUAUAUAUCGCUACUUAUUCGAGUACUGAUGUAUACGAAUGUCAGAUCAAUGAAUCUCCCAUAAUGAGAAGGUGUAAGGACGAUUGGGUUAAUGCCACACAAAUUUUGAAAUGUUGUAAUUUUCCCAAGGCCAAGCGAACAAAAAUCUUGGAAAAAGGAGUUCAACAAGGGCUACAUGAAAAAAUACAAGGUGGCUACGGAAGGUUCCAAGGGACGUGGAUACCGCUACCAGAUGCUCAGCGGUUAGCUGCGAGUUAUGGUGUAACGCCAAAUAUAGCACCGGUGCUAUAUCUUGACUUAAGCGACCCCAAUAUCAAUAUUCCCAAAAAGACCAAACAGAUGAACAAAGAUGGCACUCCAGUAAAGAGAAAAUACACUAAGAAGGCCAAAAAGGCCGAAGAAACGCCGUCAAAGAAAAUUAAGUCAGAUGCUGGUAGUCACGAAGCCCCUGAUUUAUACGGAUCGCAAAACCAGGCUCUUUAUAAUUCUCUUUCAAGGUAUCAUAUACCGACUCAAAGUAGUCAACCAUCUCUUCAACAGAUGCAGUAUCAACUUCAUCAAUCUGGUCAAAUUCCUUCCAAUUUUAAUCAAGACUUUUUAACUGUGAAUGGAAAUACCAAUGGCUUGCCAACCUUUACUUCACACCAACAAGUCGUUCAAAAUGAGUUUCAAAAUUAUCAACUACAACUUCAGCGGUACCAACAAGAACAGCAAAAGUUUUCAAAUUUAUCAUUCAAUACACAGAUGCCGAUUGAGCAGCCACUAAUGGGAACUAUACAUCAUAGCAAAUUGCCACUGUCUCAAUCUACUAAUGAAACUAAUUGGUCUCAGGAAGAUGGGGCAAUAACGAAAGAUAGUGAUACAUCUGUUUCCUCAAACGAAGAACAUUCCCAAUACUUGAAGGAUCAAAAAGUAGCCGGGCAAAAUGAUAGCGGUGAUAACAGGCUUUCCUAUUCUUCUCAAUUAUUACAAUUCUUCAGUGAAGAUAAAAGUCAAAUUCCCUACUUUCUUCACAAUCCACCUUAUGAUUUUAACAUUAACGAAGCUAUUGAUGAUGAAGGACAUACGGCUUUGCAUUGGGCUGCGUCAAUCGGAAACUACCCGAUGAUUCGUCUUUUGCUUUCCAAGGGAGCUAACCCUUUAACUGUAAAUAAUUUUGGGUUGAAUCCAUUAUCAAAAUUAAUUUCUUUUAACAACUGCUACGAAUUGAAGAACUUUCCUAAAGUUUUAGAUGACUUGGAACUUUGUUUGAUUAAUACGGAUAUUAAUGGCAGAACUCCGUUACAUUAUUUGUGUCAAUUUGCUAAAGUCAAGUCAAAAUAUGAAAGUUCUGAGUAUUAUCUUAAUGUAAUUUUGACUAAGUUAACUUCGAUUUCAAGCAUGAAUCCAAACAAACAAGUCAACUUAUUGAAGAAUGUUCUCGAUCAUCAAGAUGUCAAUGGUGAUACAUGUUUACAUUUAGCCGUCAAAGCUUCUAAUCUCAAGCUCUCAAAGUGCCUUUUAUCAUAUGGUGCAAGAGAUGAUUUAGAAAAUGUUAAUAAGGAAUCUGUUAAAUUGCUCCUAGCUCAUAACAAUGCAUUAGAUUCUUAUAACCAAAAGGUCGACCAGAGUCAUCAGUUAUUGACAUCCGUCACUCAGCUGAAUAACAUCGCCAAUCAACGAAGAAUGUCCGAAUCAAAAAUCAAGCAACAAGGUUUAGCGACUCCAAUUCAAGCAAGCUUUACUAGCGAGAGUCUCGGUACGCCAGACACACAACGCACUACUAUUCAAGACGAAGAUGACGAUGAUAUUAGACAAGCGAGGGUAAAUCGAGAACAAUUGGACCACUUAAUGAGAGGUGAUAAUAAAGAAAAUAUUUUCAUUGACGAUUCGGCAUUGAAAUCGUUCGAAACAACUUCCACUCCUAGCAAUAAAUUAUCAUCAAGCGUACUUGGGGCAUCACAUCAGCCUCUAGCCGUUAUCACCGAAAGAACUGUAGAAAGCACUCCCAUUAAAUCAGAUGAUAAAAAGUCCGGGAGCUUAGAGUUUCAAACAUUGGAAAUUAAGCCACCAACUAUAGAUGAUAAUGGUAAGAUUGUUGACAGCGUGAACGAAGAAGGGGGAACUUUGACUAGGCUACCGGCUAAGGAAUUAUCCUCCUUGUUUAAUGUAAUGUUUAAUUCACUUUCCGACUCAUAUAGUGUGCUGUUGCAAAAUUUUGGAAAAGAGUUCAAAUCUUUGAAUGAAGAAUUACUGAGAAAGAAUGAACUUAGUGAGUCUUGGGUAAGCAAGACAAAAUCUUUGUUGGCAAAGUGUGGUGUUACUGGUUUUGACUCUCCAGAACAAGGUAAACGCUUGCUCAAUGAAACAAUUGCAAAUUAUGAAGGAGACUUAACGGAAAAGGAAGCCUCUCUUCUGCAACUUUUAGAAAAAUCACAUGCCUUCAAAUUGGCAAACUUGGUUCAAGAAUAUGAAUCGAAAGACGAAGAUAUCGAUGAUCAUGAAGAUCAUGCUUCAAAGAACGAAGAUGAUAAGUUUGAAUUGGCAGUUGAGUUGAGUCAACUCCAACAUCAAAGGCUCGCCCUUCUUAAGAAGGCUGCUGGUGGGAUAAAAUGCUACGGAGUAGACCCAAAGGCAUAUAAAUACAGAAAACUUAUCAGCUUGAGUUGUGGCUUGAAUAUUGAAGAUAUCGAUGGCUUGAUCGACGGAAUUAACGAUUCUUUAUCCGAGACUGUCAUAUCUUAA